ACUACAGCCGACAAGUCGACAAUCGAGACAAAGUCGAUCUGGGUUGGAAACGUCGACUACGGUGCCAGCGUUUAUGAAUUGGAAGAUCAUUAUAGAAGUUGCGGGGUCAUCGUCAGAGCCACAAUUCUGCACGAUAAGUACAGCGGUAAACCGAAGGGAUUCGCUUACGUUGAGUUUGUGAACGCUGGCUCCGUGGAGCUCGCGCUGACACUCAACGAUACAAUCCUGCAUGGGAGAGAGAUUAAAAUA